GAACACACCCUGUAUGGACACGGAGUUUAACCCUGUUAAUCAUCGAGAGAAACACUCCGAAUUAAAUCGGGAUCGUGAAGUUUAAGGAGUAAAAGUUAAUCUACCGUUGGGGGAAGAUGACUGGAUGAACAUUGACAGUGAUUUAGUGAGUUAAUACGCUGGAGUUCCGCUUGGGAAACUCAAACAAAAAUACACUUACCAAACUUGGAUUUAUUUUGUAGGUCGCCAUUUUGAAAUACUUAAAAUAUAAGUUUUAAACAGGAACACUUUAGGGCGUCUGAUUUGGACUAUGUUAAUCAUCGAGUCAACGUGACGUUAAGAGGUAUGUUCAACUACGAAAAUACACCUAAAGCAAAGUAAUUGUACUCGAGAAAAUGCCUGGGAAAACUGAUCAUCAGGCACUAGCUAAGUGUAAGGUGUUGUAUAUAGGAAGUGCUGUGCCGCUAGAAACUGUUGAAGGAUUGGAAUCGGUACAAAGGCCACUAAGAGAACGAUAUCCUGUUAACGAGGAUGAAUUUCAAGGAAUUGACGCCUGGUUGACAGUGUUUAGUACAGGGGUACAGCUCCAGUACGUCGAUGAUCAGAGCACCGUGGUGUGGUUCCCGAUAUCAAGCCUCUACGUUUGCUCAGCGGUGAAAGCCGUCACCGUCAUAAAUGGCGCCACACGGGAACGUACGGCAAAGUUUGUAUCACUUGAUAAGACGGAUGAGAUCGGAAACAGUCCACAUCCGCCCAUAUUUGCGGCCAUUAUGCGCCGUACAAAGGGGGUGAAGGUUCUCGAGUGCCAUGGAUUCAUAUGCCAGUCUACUCAAGCCGCUAUGGCUUUGGUCGCCGCCUGUUCUUACUCAUUCGAACAGAAUGGCCAAGUUGAAUCUUUUGAGGACGCUUCUGCAACGGAGGUCGUGGAUAAGGUUUUCAAGUUCAUCGAGGAAGACGAUGAUGAUACGUACUAUGAUCGAGAUACGUUACGUGCUGGUUCAAUUGCAUCGUCGUCAGUUGUAGCCGUUAAGAAAUCACGAAAAAAAGGGCCCAAUGAUACUAUACGGGAUACACGAUCAGAGAUCGUAGACAGAGGUUACUUUUACGGUGGGACUGAACAUUUGGUGGGAAACUAUCAAGUGUCAAGGGAGCAGGAUCAAAGAGACAUUCAUCAGUUUAGAUAUAUGGGGAGGCCAACCCCUGCCGCCCCUCCCCAAAUGAGACGUCCCCCAAUUCAAACACAAAUGGUGGUCGUCCCUAGACAACAGCCUCAGAUGGUGAUGGCACCCCCACAACAGCAGCCUCAGAUGGUGAUGGCACCCCCACAACAACAACGCCAGGUGAUGAUGGUACCCCAGCAACAAUCUCAGAUGGUAGUAAGGGGACAACCACCCCAGGUAACGAGCUUACGACGCCCUGUACCUCAAACACAACAAGUUGUUAUGGCGCCUCAGAGGGUUCCCACAAGGGGCCGGGUAGUUAUGGGCCCUCCACCCCCGCCCCAUGCCAUGAGAUAUAGAGGAGCGCCUCCUCCACCCCCUCGUAUAGCGGGAGUACCCCCGGGAUUAAUUCCAAUUGGUCCAGCCAACGCGCCGCCUCAUUUGUAUAUGAACACUGGCGUAAUGAGAAACCAAGGAGGCAAUGAAGGACCGGUUGUUUUCAUGCCUCCCCCGCCUCCACCACCUGGCCCUAUGAUGGCAAGUCGAAAUGAAAGUAAUUACGUUAUCACUAGAGAUGCUCCACAGAGAGAUGAGCAACGCGUCGAAAAGGGAGGCCCAGUAUUUUUCAAAAGUCGACUUCCACGACAGCCACUUCCAGAUAGAUCACCGCCUCGUCAAAGGCACAGGCGUAGAAGUAACAGCAGUUCCUCGUCAAGCUCAUCCUCGCGAGAACGAGAUAAAUCUCGCGAGCCCAGACCUCAUGGAAGGAACUCUCCAGGCAUAGUUAGACGACGAAGCGGAAGUAAUGAUUCAAAUGAAAGGCAUCAUGCAGGAAGACCUAGAAGUCCAGCCUUGGACUAUGCUGAAAGAAAACGAAGGGAGGAGAAACAGCGGAGAUACGAACAAAAUCGAUAUAAUGGACAUGCGCAGUAUCACCAAGAGGAUGUUUACGCCCGUGUUAGUAAACCAAAUGGUGCUCCUCCACCCCCGGCCCCACCUCCCCCUCCAGUUCCACCACACUUGACCAACGGUAGAACUCAGAAUGGCAAGGCCCGCAAUGGUAACGCCCAUAAUGGGAAAGCUCAAAAUGGACUUUAUGGUCCCGACUCAAACGCCAGCGAAGAAUUGUACUACUACAAAAACUAUAAAAAUAGCCGGGAUACUGAUCCAGUCGAAAAGUCACAGGAAUGGGUUCAAAGAAAUGGUGACACCGCAAUGAAUAGACCAAGAUAUGAUACGUUUGGUAUGGAUAUAAACAAAGCCCCGAAUCCAUAUGCUAUGAACUCUGCUCUGGGCCCAGGCGAAAACAGGGACGAUUUGGACGAGGACUAUCUCCCUAGGCGGAGGCCUAUGGAAAGUAUGGAAAAUAACCUUGGAUUCUACCCAUAGCCAUGACAAAAUAAUUGAAGAUAAUAUGUUAUACUAUUGCACAUGUACAAUCCAGACAGCAUCAUAUCGUGAGCAUUUUUGGUUUAGCGUUGAAUGAUCAUCGAGUUCACGAAUACAGCAAACUUACGGUAUCAUGAUGUCUUGUUAGUACCUGUCCUAUUAUAUGCUCGUAGAUAUGCUUUAAAACAUAUAUUAUAUCAUGGUAUUCAAUUAUGGAUAAUAUACAAUUAUUUCACUGUGUAUUUUAGAUAGCUUGCACAUCAAGUUGUAUAGCAUUUCUUUUACUGGUAAUAUACAUGGGCUAUUGGAGAGUUCUUAGGUUAGUUUUACAUCACGCAUACGCAGCCCGCCCCACACAGAUCUACAUUUCUUUAGGCAGGAAGGGGGAUGGACCAUAGACUUUAUGUAAAACUAUUUUGGUGAGCCUCAAAGUAUUUCAGUUAUUUACCAACAUUGUGAACCGUAAUGAGUCACUUUAUGGGCCAGGUCAACAAUGUGAUGUUCUAACAUUUUGCAUUUAAGUCCGACCCUUUUAACGUUAAAUAAGAAAUUUCCGAUGAUGAUAAUUUAUCUACAAGAUCUUUAAAUUGCA